UUGGACACCUAAAGAGAUAGAUUGAGGUAAGUUCCUGCCUUUUCUCCAUCUUCAUUUUCAAUUUUUUAGAUGAAAAAUUACAUGUCUGUGUACCUGCAUGAUCAAUUAUUGUGUGUUCUGCAAUUGACAAAUUCCAUAGCUGUUGCUGAUUGUCUUCUGUUUACCGUGCCUUCGUCAUUUGUUUUGAAUUUAAAAGAGUUUAAUUGCUUCCAUAUACUGCUUGUCUGUUGUUCUUUGUUCUGGUUUUGUUUUUUAUGUCUACUACCAGCUGACAGUGCUGUUGCUGGAUUAUUUGCUUAUUGGAAACAAUGUGAUGCUUUGAAAUUUCAUUUAUGUGUUGUUCUUCAUGGUCUGAUAUGUUUGCUAUGCACAUUGAUAUUGUUUCUAUUUGAGCAAUCGUUGAUGCCUUUACUGUGCGUGUGUUUAGUGUAAUCAUAAUAAGUGCCUUGUUAGCAUGUCGUGUAGGAUUACUUUUAUUUCUACUUGUGCAGUCAAAAUCAGAAUUUUGAGUGUUUUUUUUUUUGUGUUUGCAUACUGUGAAAGAAAGCUGGGUUUCUUUGAAUGUAGAAAUAGAUUUUAUUCUGUUUGUUUUUUUCCCUCUGUUUUUAGCUUCCAAAUAGCAUGAUGGCAAUGAAGUGUUGCUUGAUAAAUAAAAAAUUAUCUCAUGGCUGAAACUGAGUUUUCUGAACAGUUGAAAUUAAUAGGUUUCAAUUAGUUUUCAUUACAAAUUAACAUAAACAUUCUCAUUCAAAUACAUGCAUGGUUAAUGUUUGUUGCUAAUCACACAACUUUUGUAAAUGCUGAACAUUGAGUGUUUUAUUAGUGUUUAAGUCCACGGUUUAUGUAUGUACCACAAUGUAAUUCAUAUCAUUUAUUGAUUUCAAACUUUUGUUAAAUGUGUUAAAAGAUAUCAUGGAAGGUCUUGAAUCUUUUGAUAAAGCUGCUUGGACAAAGGAAAUGUUGCAUAUAUUUUGUGAUAUAUACAUUAAGGCAAUUGAUAUGGGAAUGAGACCUAAUACUCAUUUCGAUAAAACGGGGUGGAAAUUUCUUAUAACAUCAUUUAAAGAACAAACUGGUCAUGCAUUCACUAUAACACAGUUGAAAAACAAAUGGGAUGGAUGCAAAAAGGAUUGGAGGAUAUGGAAUAAGCUGGUUUCUGAAACUGGUGUUGGCUGGAAUAGUGAGUUAGGCACAAUUGCCGCUAGCGAUGAGUGGUGGAAACAAAAAAUUCAAGAAAUUAGAGGAGCCAAAAACUUCAGACGUGUCGGUAUUAAGCUGUCUUUGAAGAAUAAAUUUGACCGAAUGUAUUCCAACAUUGUCGCAACUAGAGCGUAUGCAUGGGCUCCUUCAUCAGGUGUACCUGUUGGUAGUGAUGUCGAUCCUAGUACAAGCAAUGCCGACAUUGCUCAUGAUGGUUUGGAAGAGGGCAGCAGUGAUUCAGAGGAAGAUGUGAUUCCAGAUUUCCAGACUAACAUGGCUCGAAUGGUUGGAAGGAUAAAUAUGUCUAACAGCAGCAACACAAAAAGUGGUGGCAAAAGAAAAGAACGAGAUCAUUAUGACGUGCGAGGUAGAAAGAAGAAAAUAACUGGAAUUGGUGUUUAGCUGUUGUCAAGGUGCAAUCAUCUACUUGAGAGUAUGUCGACUAAGAGUGAUUCGACUUCUUUGAAUAUGGAUCGCGAAGGUUGUAGUAUUCGCGAGGUGAUGGAUGAGCUGCACUCAAUUCCUAGAGUUUCAAUUGAAGAUGAGUUUCAUGACUUCGCUACGAAGUAUCUUAGUUUAAGAAGGAAAAGAGAAAUGUGGGCCAGUAUGGGUGAUAAGCAACAGAAGUUGAGAUGGUUGCAACGAAUAUAUGCACAAACUAAACGUGCUUAGCUGACAUGGUAUGAUUUAAGUUUCUUAACUGUUAAUCAAUUAAUUAUGUUCAAGUGCUUACGAUAUUUAUACAUGUUUAUUUUUUUGUUGAAGAGUAAUGGGAUGCCAGUUUUUAAAAGAGUAGUUUCCAUUUGCCGAAGUUUGUCCAAGACAUUGUAUUAUUCCACAUUUCAUGUUAAGACAUAUGAGCAUAUCUGU